UAUCACAUUUAGAAUCGCCCGCCAUGCCUACAUGCAAUCGCCCGACGUUCCGCCUUUUUUGAAGUAAACAACCAACUCGAAAAUCAUCACAGCUCACCAUCAUCAUCACAACAAACAUCAGAAUGGCGGAGGUUCGUCAAGUUUUUCAGUUUUUGUGAAAUUUGGUAAAUGUGGAUCAUUAAUUGUCUUGUUAAUCACCUACAAGUGAUCCGUGCCAGUGGCUGCUAUCGGGCGAGUGAUUUUUUGUUUGUGUCAUGGCCAUCAUCCCGGCCAAAAUCCAGGGGAAACCGCCGGCCGAGACUAACAAUGGCAAUGACAGCGAUGGCGAUUUUGAGCCAACAGCGGAGAUGAUGGUCGAUGAUUUCGAUGAUGAAAGGACGAUGGCCGAAGAGGAGGCACUGGAAAUGGAAGGCGGUGAAGACGAGGACGAACUAGAACUUCUUCGCAAUGAACAGGAUAUGCCGAUCGACAAAUUGAAGGAGAUGUUUGGAUACCGCGGAGACCAAGUGCCGCUGCAACAUCCUGUGGUAGCAGCUCAAGCAGAUGGUAUUAUGGGAAGUGCAGACGUCUCCUCUUCGGGGGAAGAAACGGAUAACGAUGAGGCGGAUGUUGAUGGUGAAUCCAAAGAUACAUCUAAAGAUCAUGCCGAUGGUAUCGGCGGAGGGCUGGAGAAGGAUUCCAAAGAAGGACUGAAGGAUCCUUUGGUGAAAGAUAAGAAAGACGCGUCUGGGACACAUAAAUUGCUGACAAGGGCUUCGCGGACGGCCCAACUGCUCAGAGCUGGCUCGCGUGAGACGACGGACGACGAGGAAGAUGAAGAAUUUCAUAGGGAACAAUAUUGGCGGAAAACUAUCCAGGUGGGCUCAAGUUAUCAAGCAGACAUCCCAGAAUCACUAGCUUCAUAUGACGAUACGCUCCCAUAUGAGAAUGAAGAUACAAUACAAUGGGAACCUGGGAAACUCGAUGACCAAACAAUAGUUGACUUCUACGACAAGUGGAACUCUUCAGCGAACAAUGGUGGAAUGAAUGGGGGCGAUCCCGAAACGCUACCAAUGGGUGGACAUGUUCGCGACGACGAGCGAGCUUUGUGGCUACUUCGCCAGUGCGGGUUUUCCGUUGAUGAAGCCUUGCGGCGGCAAAAGCUAGCCGGAGCUCAGGGUGGUGCUGGUGGUGGAUUUGCAAACGGAGAUGCAGAAAUGACGCCCUGGAGCGAAGAAGAGUGCAGGGCCUUUGAAGCUGGCUUACGAUUACACGGCAAAGACUUUGUUGCCAUCCGAGCAAACAAGAUCUCGACUAGAUCAAUUAAAGAGCUCGUCAACUUCUAUUAUCUAUGGAAAAAGACUGAACGACAUGAUGUGUUCACAUCUCGAACGAGACUCGAAAAAAAGAAAUAUGCAUUACAUCCAGGCACGACAGAUUACAUGGACAAGUUCCUCGACGAGCAGGAGGCCCUCGUCUCUCGAUCCUCAUCGCCGGGGGAAGGCAAAAUGGUUGUUGCUGGUGGCAAGACAGAAGCAGGAGUAGCUGUGACAGCUGGCAACGUUGGUGCCAGCUCGGCCUCUGCCAAUAACAAUACAAUUCCAAACACUCCGGCAGUGCCUUCACCGACCCAGCCGAUACCAACGCCUUCUCAGCAACCGGUCACCUAGUUAGCUAGUUCGAAGAAAUUCGUCAAAAAUUUGUGCGACACAGAAAAAUAGUAGCAAACAGUUGUCCAAAAAUAACGGACGCAAUCCACUAGAAGCAACACUAAAAAAAAUAGGUUGUUUACUCAGCGCUUAUUCAGCCAGUUGGUUCGCGCAAUUCCCGCAAAAAUCAUCGUUGAAACAAAUCAUAAAUCAAUCUAGUAUAGUAAUUUAACAUUCGUUAUCUUUCUGUAUCUCUCAUACGCAAAGCAGGUAGAAAGAUAAACUGAAAGUAAUGGGAGAUUGCUGAGUAUUGAGCAAGAUAUACCGAAGAGAAGUGAAGGAACUUUAGAUCCUAUCAUUGUCCUAUUUUAUUCAUGAACAACACCAGUCAUUAAAUUAUUUAUCGAUAUAUUCACCCAUUCGUAGCGUCUACUGGCCUUCGAUAAACUGGCAUUGUCGGCUUCCAGCAAUUUGUUCGGCUACCGCUGGAGAUUCGCGGCUUGUCGAGAUGAGAUUCGGGGGAUAAUUCAUAGGAAUGACUGAUUAUCGUAAAAGCAACGAGAAUUUGAUCUUUCCGUAUUUCGCUGCGUGGGCUAAGGUAUUCAACAAAAGUCACAGUAACGAUUGUUGAAGAAGUUUAUUUAUUAGUUUUUUUUUUUAACACGUCGUUGAUAUCAACUGCUACUAUCCUACGCCCACAGCAUAAAAAAAAUUGAAUAUAUACAUGCGUGGUACGAUAGCAAUGACGAGACGCUUAGACGCAGAAGGAAAAUGAACAUGAACACCUGUGCUAUGCUAUGUCUACUUCAGGACUAUUAGUUGGUCACGGAACGUGGAGUUUGAAGAGCAUACUUCUGCUAGUUAGUUUGCGUACAAUAGAGCAAAAUAUAACAUCUGAACUUUCUUGAUGUCUCAUAUUUGCAUGUGUGUGUACAGUUAUUUUCUGUCGAAGCGCCUGAUAUUGUCGCUGGACAUUUCGCUCAUUUUCGUUUAUACAGUAAUUAUUUUUAAAUGGUCCUUAGAUGGCUUUCAAAAAAAAAGAAUGUAAUUGAAAGAUUUACAAGGUAAAAUUUGACAAUGCUUUAUUGAAAUGAUAUCUGAAACAUAUGCUUGCGCAAUGGUGGCGAUGUACAAGCUUAAGUUUCUGUAGUUCUUGCCGUAUUAAAAUUGGCACUGUUUUUUAUUAACUUGCUUCGUCAGAUUUAAAACGAAUGCUUUCAAUAGUCUUCUUCUCGGUCUGUUUUAUAGGCUCCUUUUUUUACAAUGACGGCUGGUUACAAUUUACGUAUGCAUUCGUAGCUUGACGAUAGCGCUUAAUUCGACGUGCUUUAGUAGUAGUAGCUUUCAACCAUCUUCAUGAAAACAACUCAUUCAAGAGUACUGAUGCCAUGCGUAGGCCACGGCCGCCAUACUUAAACCUACAGAAAAUUCAAAUUGCAAACAUUGUGCGUAAAGGAAGAUUUCAUGAAAAAAAAGUCCACCGCAUUAUACGACACUGAUACAAUAUUAUGAAUAUCAAAGAUUUUAGCCAAACGAAUGCCUGACAUCGCACGUGAGCGUGGGCAGACAUAUGUGAAUAGGUUCUUCUAUACAAUACCCGCCCAGAAAUGAAAAAGAGAAUAGCGAAGAAAUAGACAUUGCCUGUUUUGUGGAGUUGGCCAAGACCGUGAUUCAUUAUUUCCUUCAACAGCUCUUAGGUUUUUAUGAUGUUUGGGGUCAUGAUUAACGGAUUUUUGCUCGGCUCUUCUCUUGCUCUUAUGAAGAGUUGAGAUUGCCGGUGCGGAGAACUAAAUCUUGUGAUUUUAGAUGGCCAUCCUUGUAGCCGUUAAUUAAUCACGUCUUAUCGUGCCGCUAUUGCUCACAACAUUGACACACCGACUAUGUUUAUUUUGUCUAAAUGUGAGUCCACCCGUGAGUGUAUGAACUAUGGUAUAGAAUAGAGUGUAAUUCCUUUUCCGGUCUGCCUAAGGAAAUAUUGGUAUGAACGUAUAUAAAUCAUAGUGCAUAAAAUGGAUCGGAUUGAAAGAUAAAUAACAAGAAGCAUAACAACACAGAAAAAUAGCAAGAACUUUUUGAGGAGCGAUAGCAUACAUAAUGGUGGGAUCGUAAUGAGAGCGCUCUAUUGUAUAAGAAGAAGCACGUGGAAGGUGAACGAUGGAAAGUUGUAUAUUAUGUGCUAUACAUAUAUAUAUAUACAUAUAUAUAUAUGAAAUCAUAUGGUAAUAUUUAGAACGAAGAAAAGGUGGGAAGGAAGAAGCUCACCAAAGUGACAAAGUGUGGAAUAUAAUGAUGAAACAAACGCGCGACAGGCAGCCUCUUUCGUAUAGGAAAUAAAACUUUCAUUUCAAACAUCUGCGAAUACAUUGACAACCUUAUCGAGUGGUUAUUUGUAUCAUACGCACAUUUUUGCUAUGAAAGAGGAAGCUAGGUAAACGAAAUCUGAUGGAUUAAAUCGGCAAAACUUUUGUGUAAUCGGUUGCUAGUGAAAAGUCGCCGCGGAAAGCAUGUACGGGUUUUGUUGUGGAGAUCAUGGGCUAUAUUUCGUGGCUGUAUUGAUGUUCUUCGUAGUUUUGUAUCUGCUAUAGCUCAACUCAGUCACGACCUAUUCUGACCUGAUUUUAUUUCUAGGUACUCGUUCAAGCCUUUCGAAAUUAUACUCAAAACACGCCCGUGGCCUCGUCAUCACAGAAACCCUAUACUUCAAAACUGAUUAGGGUGCUGUAGGCUAAAACUAUGGCUUACAGAACAGACGAAAUUAUUAAAUUAGCGGACGACUAGAGCGUCUGGCUUUGUGAUUGUUGAUAUCUGAUUCGAAAACGGCUCAUUUAAAUUUGUGUGGAAAUAAAUGAGAUUAAUCUGUGUUGCAAAUGUAUUUACCAAUAUAAUGUGGCGUCUUGCAUAUGCUAUAGAGUUUUCGUAUAACAUUUACAAAUUAAGCUAAUGUAAAUAAAUUGCUUAUUGUAUCUUAAACAAUGCAAUUAUAACCCAUUGAUGAAUUUGAAACGUUAUUAUUUUUGCAGACGAAAAAGGUAUUGAUUAAGGCAUUUUUCGUGUAAUUGUAUAUCAGUUUUUAGAUUGCAAUACCUUCCUUCUAGCUUAUGACCACCAGAUAAUAUUUGAGGGUGAAUCGCAUGAUGAUGGUCAUCGCUUUUCGUAAAUUCGGUUCUCUGAGAUAUUUCUAAGGUAUCCGAGGUAUAACACCUCUUACCGAUUGAUUUGCAGAGCUCUUGUGCAAAUUUAUGAGGUUAUAUAUAUAUAUAUAAAAAAUAAGUCAAACUCAUUUAUUACUAAUUCUACGC